AAAACUGGUUUGCUAGUCCUUAUAUUGACUUAAAUGUCCUAAAGGGGCUGUUUUUUUUUUUUAAAGAUUUAUUGGAUUUUAAUUACACAUUAAUGCUUACUAGGCAUUGUUUAUAUCUGCAGGAACAAGUGCAAGAAGACAUUUUACAGCAUAUGCUGACAAAGUUUAGCUUGAUUUUUCGGAAUGAAACUUUAGAUUUGGAUUACCUCCUGGAUACUGCUCAGCAAGAACUGGAUUUGGCAAUUACUGCAUCAAAUCAUGUCAACAUCCCAGAAGCUUUAAUUAUGGGUCUACAGGAGCUAAUCAACAUAAUUAAUGUAAAUGUAAGUUCUGAAGAAACUUCAACAACUGCAUCUGAUAUUGUAGCCUGCACUUGGGGAAACGUCGGACGCCCACGUUUGGAUAUCAGAAGGGAUGACCUUGAGGAACUCCUUCAUACUGCUCUCCCUGUAGAACAUCUUUCUCGGAUCUGUGGCGUUUCUAGAAGCACAAUAAACAGAAGAUUUAAGGAACACACCCUGUCUGUCAGAGCCUGCUAUUCCAACAUAUCAGAUGAAGAACUUGAUCAUGUUGUGAGAUCAAUAAAAAUAAGAAUGCCACAUGCUGGCUACAGACUAAUGAAAGGUGAACUUUUGGCUAGAGGGCACCGGAUACAGUGGCACAGAAUGAAGGCCUCUAUGCGACGGGUGGAUGGAGCUGGAAUUUUGGCCAGAAUGGUUCAGCUUGGUUUUAUAGCUCGCAGAAGUUACUCUGUUCCUGCACCAUUGUCCCUAGUUCAUGUGGACACCAACCAUAAGCUAAUCACGUGAAUAUUUUCU